UCGACUUUUGAUCAUGUGCGUGAUCAAGUUUUAGCUGGUGAUCAAAUCCCUUCGAUGGACAACUUAGUUACUAGACUUCUUCGUGUACCUACAUUGGUCAAAGAUGAAAGUUCAACUGAUGUUUUUGAAACAUCAGCAAUGGUAGCACCACGAGGAAGAGGAGGAGGUCGGAGCAACCGUGGAGGACGUGGUGGUCGAAGUGGGCGUCCUCAAUGCUCAUAUUGUAAUAGAAUAGGCCAUACCCAAGACAAGUGUUAUUCCUUACAUGGUUUUCUCGAUAAAGCUGCUCAUGUGUCCAAGUCUGAUCAUUCAGAAUCUAGAAUUUCUGAUGAAGAGUACCAAGAAUUCUUGAGGUACAAAUCUGAGAAAUCCAACAAUCCUGGCCCAUCCUCUUCAAUGUCAACUGCAUGCAUCUCUCAAUCUGUGGAAGGUCUUAGUUCAUGGAUUCUUGACUCAGGUGCCUCAGAUCAUGUCUCUGGAACAUGGUACGGGUCGUCUGAUUGGAGAAGGACAUGAGUCACGGGGACUUUAUUUCCUAAAACCAAGCUCCUCAGUAUCUUCUUUUGCAACUUCAUCCCCAAAACUUUUGCAUGAUCGUUUAGGUCACCCAAGUUUGUCCAAGCUGAAGAUGAUGGUUCCGAGUCUCAAACACAUUCAAGCCUUAGAUUGUGAAUCGUGUCAGUUAGGAAAGCAUGUUAGAUCUUCCUUCCCUAAAAAGUCUGAGACACGAUGUAAUUUUGCUUUUUCUACUGUUCAUUCUGAUGUUUGGGGACCAAGU